AUGGUGUCCUCGAUGCUGACCGCCGCUCUAGUGGGCGUGUUUUCGCAUCUUACGUAUUUCCGGCGAGGCGAGCAUCAACUCUACGGCACCACCUAUACGCAGGUUUUCGGUGUGCUGAACGCCACUGCGGUCGCUUACCUGCAUGUGUCAUGGGGAAUCGCAUGGCAAGAGGCCCUGAUCACCGUCUCCUUGCAUGCAGCAUCCUAUCUCCUUGGCAUAUUCAGCAGUCUACUGCUCUAUCGUCUGGCGUUCCAUCCACUGGGGGCAUUCCCUGGUCCAUGGCCCGCCCGAAUUUCGGAUCUGUGGCUCUGUUCACAGAUGAAAAACAACAACAGACAUAUCAAGCUGACUGAGCUGCAUGAGAAGUACGGGCCCUACGUCCGGAUUGGACCCUCCACUCUAUCCGUCAUCGACCCCAAGGCUGUCAACAUCAUUCAUGGCCCAUCUUCGCGCUGCCUGAAGAGCGGCUGGUACGACCACUCCCAUCCCAACAAGUCAUUGCAGACGAGUCGAGACCCGGCCGAGCACCAGCAGCGCCGGAGAUUAUGGAGCACCGCGUUUGGCAGCAAGCAGCUGCGCGGGUAUGAGCAUCGCGUGCGCAAGUACCGUCAACAGCUCGUGGAUCGGUUCGUAGAAAGGGAGGGUCAGCCUGUGGACGUGACCAAGUGGUUCGACCUAUACACCUAUGACGUGAUGGGAGACCUGGCAUUCGGAGAGGGUUUUGGAUGCCUUGAGCAAGGCGAGUACCAUUGGGCCACACAGAUUAUGAUGGAGACAAUGGAUUUUGUUGGCAGCAAUCUACCCAUGUGGCUGUUUCGAAUGGUCUUGGAGGUUCCAGGACUCAAAAGUGGAUGGUACAAGUUCCUGGAUUACUAUGAGACGAGGCUGGUGGAGAGAAUGAGGGUGAGCUUCCAUCGUACUUUCGUCCCGUUCGGUGAGCUGACCAAACAGAACGAGCCUGAUGUGCCCGACAUCAGCGCAGCGCUCCUAGCACCCUUCAAAGGCAAAGAGCCUGGGAAAGAAGACCAGCAGUGGCUGGGAGGAGAUUCGCGGCUAAUUAUUGUUGCUGGGAGUGACACCACCGCCUCGACGCUUGUUUCUUUGUUCUAUGAGCUCUGCCAUCAUCCUGACGAGGUUGAGAAGCUUCGUGCCGAACUGGCCCCAGUUGUCAAUGAGCAUGGACGCCUUGGCGACUUUUACGACAGCGAUAUUGGUCACUUGGCACACCUCAACGGUGCCAUCAACGAAGCCAUGCGUCUAUAUCCGGCGGUUCCGUCGGGAGUACAGCGGAUAAUGCCUCCUGAGGGCAUUACGGUGGAUGGAGUGUCCAUCCCAGGCAACACCACGGUUAUAAAUCCGGUGCUUGCAAUGGGACGGUCGGAAUUGAGCUAUAAAAAGCCGCUAGAGUUUAUCCCCGAGCGGUGGUACCAGCAGCCCGAGCUGAUCAACGAUCAAUCAGCCUUUGUUCCAUUCAACAUCGGUACCUACAACUGCAUUGGCAAGCCAUUGGCUCUUCAGAAUCUGAGGGCAACAGUGGCACAUCUAGUCACGACAUUCAAUGUGAAGUUCGCGCCAGGAAAUGCGGAGAAAGAUUUGAUCCAACGGUCGAAGGAUUGUUUCGUCUUGUAUCAUGGUGAACUGGACUUGAUUUUCACACGGCGGAAGUAG